AUGCUUAUGCGUAUCAGAAGCAACAAGAUAAGGAAGCCCAAGAACAAAAGUAAUGUCCGUGGACGUGUCCAAAUUUACUCCAUGAAAGAAGAAGUAUUGGGGGAUAAACAAGAUGAAAUUAUGCAAGAACAUGCACAGAGUCAACAGUCAAUAGUUAAUCCUGAAUACAACUCAGGGGACUAUUAUCCAAGCCCCCACAAUGGUGGUUAUUAG